GCUUGGCCUCCUCAAGAAAAAGAUUUGUCCUCCUCGAGAAGCAUAAGGAAACUUAACCAGAAGACGAGAUUCAAGAAUCCAUAUGAGAACGAGCUCAUGAUAAUUAAGACUCAAGCCAAUGAAUAUGUGUUCCAAAAGUGGUGGAGUGAGAAAAGACUCACUGUAUCACUGCAAUGUACGAAGGGUCAUUCGAGCCGUAGACAUGUGUACUUUGCAGAAGACAGAGAGGAGGAUAGAGAACUGAAGUUACAAACUAGAGGCAGAAGUGGUGAUAUCUCUGUAAUAAGCCUAAACACAGGAGGGAUGAUAAGCUAUUUUCGUCCAUAUUUUGAUGAUGGUCUCAUAUUCAUAUUAUAG